AUGGCGAAGACGGUCUCACCAUCCGCUGCGAUGACAGGUGAAAAGAUGGCGCCGCCAUCCAUCACUCUACUCCCCGACAAGAGAUCUCCGACAAACGGUCACAGCUCCCCAGCCCGAACUGGGAAAACUCCUCCGUCUAACACAGAGAAGAGGCCGCACAUAAACGGACACGCGUCUCCUUCACACUUGGCAGCUAACGUCGGUAACAACCAUGCAGUUGUGGAGGGUUAUAUGAAGACGGACGACAGGAUGCGAUUAGCCAAAGAGAGACGUGAGGAGAGGGAGAGGAGCCUGGCGGCCAGGGAGCAGCUGAUCAGGGAGAAGGAGCGCAGAGCUCGGCUGCAGUACGAACGCACAGUGGAGGAACGCUGGAGGCGGCUGGAGGAGCAGAGGCAGAAAGAGGAGCUCCGCAGGGCUGCGGUGGAGGAGAAGAGGAGGCAGCAGCUCGAGGAGGAGAGGGAGCGUCUGGAGGCCCUGAUGAAGCGCUCUCUGGAGCGAAGCCUCCAGCUGGAGCAGAGGACCAAACGCUGGAGCCGAGGCUGCCCUACAGGAGCAGCGCCCUGCAGCCCUCACAGGUCACCUUUCUGCAGCUCGCUAAACCCUGGAGAUCACAACAGAGGUGGACUUCAUGGAGGCUCUCAGUCCACUCCCAACACCCCCAAGAAAGAGCGUUUGCGCAGAGACAGAAGAACUGCAUCCCCCGGUUGUGCAUCCCCGUUGAGAAGAUCCGAAUCUCCUGCUAGCGUCACCAAGUACUUGGCUUCUCCUACUACCUCCAAGCUGGCAUCUAAGAUGCGCAGCCAGUCUCCUUGCAAUGCACAUCAAUACCAUUACUCUCCAACAAGACAUCGUCCAAACCCGUCAGCUGACGACAGGAAAGCAGAAGACAAGAAGGUGGAAAAGCUUGAACAAUCCAAAGAUGAGGCCACGGUGAAAAAGAAUACCAACAACAACAGCGCCAAUCCAUCUUCACAAGCAGAGAAGAAUGCGGUCAAUGUCGAAAUCACUGGAUCCAGAUCAACUAAAGGUGAAACUUUUGAUAAGCGUCUCAAAGGCGACACCCCUGAAAAACAUCAGUCCCCUGACAGAAAGGACCACGUGUCUCCUAAAGUGGACCCCUCGGAGAAGAAGAUGCAGAGCAACGCUCAGGACGGAGACAAGAAAAAAGAGUCAGCACCCUUUGCGUCCACAGUAAAGAUGGCAGCUGGCACAACGAAUGCAGAGGAGGCUACCAGGUUGCUGGCAGAGCGAAGGCGUCAGGCUCGAGCUCAGAAAGAACUGGAAGACAAAAAACGGGAACUGGUGGAAGAAGAAAGACUGAGGGAGGAGCAGCUGAGGAAGCAACUGGCGCAGGAGCAGCGACAGCAGGAGGCGAAGGCUCAACCAGUGAAGGAGAAGGGGAAAAAUGAGGAAGACCCUCGCAGGCUGAAGCAAGAAGACGACAAACAGAAGAAGGAGGAGCAGGAGAAGGAGCUGCAGACCCAGGUGGACAAAGAGAGAGAAAAAGCCAAAGUCCAGGCUCAAGAGGAUGCAGAGCGUCAGCGGCAAGGCAGAGAACUGCAGACGCAACAAGAAGAGGAGGAGAGGCAACUAAGAAAAAAGAGAAUCGAGGAGAUCAUGAAGAGAACUAGGAAGGGUGAAGCUGACUUGAAGAAGGAGGAGCAGGUGGAGACAAAGUCCGUCUCUCCGCCAGGUGAAGAAAAGACUGUUGAAACUAAUGCUCAGGUGAGUGAGCAAGCAGUCAAAAAGGUUGAGUUUCAGGUGAAAGAGCAGGUCACAGUCCAGGUCAACACGAAGGAACGUGGCUUGGUGAAGAAAGAAGCAGCAGCAGCUGCAGCACAGAUGGACAAUCAGAAGAGUCUGCCAGUUAAAAACAACACUCAUCAAGUGACACCAACACACAGUGUUCCCGACAAGAGACCGGACACCAAGCAGACCAGUGACGAGCAUGGCAGCCAACCAAACAGAGAGGGCAAAGCCGGCGUCCUCAAGCAACAGGGAGGAGAGGCAGAAAUGAAUGUAAACAAGCAGCACAGGGCAAACGUUAAAGCCGCAGACCAAAUAAAUAAAGAGCCGACAGCAGAUGCCAAAGUCAACCAAAGGGAGGCUGGUAUGGUGAAUGGAGCAGUGAAGGGGGAAGGAAGUGCCUUGAAGAGCAGCCGUAUAACUGAUGAGGUAAGCAAACAGCAAAGCCUGCGUGUGUCAACGGCUGAGGGGAAAGCUAAAGGAGGGUCCCAGGUGGAAGUGAUCAGACCCCCUGUGAUGCCCCUGCCGGGAGAGCGCCUGUCCCCGCCAGUCAUCAAGCUGGAGCCGCUAGAUGUGAAGGGCACAGGUGCGUGCGAUGAGGUGCAGUCCAUGGAGGUCAGCCCGGCAUCUAAGGAGGAGCUGAUUUCAAUCCCGGAGUUCUCACCAGUCAACGACAUCCAGCACGGCAGUAUGAGUAACGCCCGAGCUCUUGAAGACCUGAUGGACCUGACGGGCAGCGUCACCUACCCCAAACUGUCCUCUGACGGCAACAUAGGCGACUGCAACAAGAACCUCAUCGAAGGUGUCGUUAGUCCCAUGUCUGACUCGAAGCUCGUUGGGAUGUCGACCCCGUCCUCAAACAAGCUUAGCAUUAAGUAG